AUGACUGAAGCAUUGCAACAAAUUCUUGAAAAUGCUGAGUUUUUGAAGAAACUCCUCAAAAGAAAAGAAUAUUUAAAAGAGGAGACAAUGGAGGUACAGGAAGAGUGCAGUGUGAUCUUACAAAAGAGAUUUCCUCCUAAGGUUGAAGAUCCAGGAAGUUUCACCAUUCCCCGUACUGUUGGGAAUCAUAAAAUAGGGAACCUAAUCAAUUUAGGGUCCAGUAUUAAUUUGAUGCCCUUAUUUGUUCUGGAAAUGAUUGGUGGUCUUGAAGUCAAACCUGCAAGGAUAAAUCUGCUUAUGGCUGAUGGAUCCACUAAAAAGCCCUAUGGUAUGGUGGAAGAUUUAAUGAUUCAAAUUGAAAAUCUCAGAUUCCUGGUAGAUUUAUUGAUAAUGGAGAUGGGGGAAAAUUUGGAGAUCCCUAGUAUUCUUGGAAGGCCAUUCAUGAAAACGGCCAAUGUAAUCAUUAUUGUUGAUGAUGGAACUAUAACACUUAAAGACCAAGAAGAGGAGGUGAUUUUCAAUGUCUUCAAUGCUGAGCAGCCAAUCCAGGUGAAGAAGACUAGUGUCAGGACUUCAAGUGGAGGUACACCAAAGACCAGUACAAAAGCUGCUAAACCAGGUAAAAAAGGUAAAAAGGGUUUUCUGUCACAGGUUAAGGAAGAAGAAAAGGACAACAAAGGAUCAGGUGUUCACCUAGAUUCACUAGAGGAACAUGAAGGACUGAGACCAGGGAUACUAGUGAGAUUCAACAAAAAGCUUUGGGUUGUGAAAGAACUCAGAGCUGAUGGACUAAUAGAGAUUGAAUCUCCAAUUUAA